GUUUCGCUUUCUUUUCCUCUUGCAAACAUUCAGCUGAGAUCUGCAGCAACAUUUAAACUUCCAGAAAAUGAGGCUUGUUUUUGUUUCUUCCUCCUUCUGCCUCCUCUUCACUUCCUGUCUGGCUGCAGCUUUACAAGAUCAGCAGGAGGUGGAAGCUGGACAGAAUGUCCCUCUUCAGUGUCAGGCUCCCAGAAACACAGAAAUCCUCAUGUUGGAGUGGACCAGGUCUGAUCUCAGCCCAGAGGAUUACGUCUUCUUCUACAGAGAAAAGCGCUCGUACGAACGCUACCAGCAUCCAUCUUUUAGAGGCCGAGUGAAGCUGAGAGACUCUUCCUCUGUGGAGGACGGAGACGUCUCUGUGGUCCUGCAGAACACCAGCAUCACUGAUUCAGGAACAUAUGAGUGUCUGAUCACAGUCAGAAGCUCAGGAAGCAGUGAGAGAGACUUCAGUGUUGUCAGUCACUCCAUCAACCUGACCGUCACAGCCUCAGCUUUCACUGAUGCGCGUGCUGAGUUUGGACGAGGUGAAGACACAGGAGGAGUAAAGGGUGGAGUUAAAGCUGCUGCAUCAGUUCCUGCCAUCCUUCUGCUUCUUGGUGGGGUUUUUGUUGCUGUGAGGUAUUGCAGGAAAUCUAAACCACCUUCAGAGAACAGCCCACCAGCUCCUCCUGAACACACUCCUGAACAACGCCUGAUCCAGGAUGUUUAAUCUCUCCUCCUGCUUGUUUUCAUGUCCAGCUGCUCUGCAAAGAUGAAUCAUGUUCAGGGCGGCAGGUUGAACUCAUUUAAACUCUGAUGUAGUAAAAUGUCUCAUCUCUCUGAGAGUCUUUAAAACACAAACAUUCCCUGCUGCUGAUGUUUCUACUGAAAACAGAGAGAACAUGAACCAGUUCCCCAGAAGAUGAACCAGUUCCCCAGAA